CGCGGCCGUGAUCGACGGAUAAGUGAUCAUCGUCCGCUCGACUGUCGCAUCCCCGGGGGUGUCCGCGCGCGCCGCGCGAGAACCGCGAGCGGAUAAGAAAAUGAUCAUUCCCAUCCGAGUGUGACAGGGUGCCGCGAAAAAUCGAGAAAAUUUACAGAGUGAUCGAAAGUGUGUGUGUGUGUUUGUGUGCGAGAAAAAAGAGAGAGAGAGAGAAAGAGAGAUUCGGGUGUGCGAGCGAAUCACACUCGCUUGUUAGCUGUGCGCGGCGACCGCCCGCCACUGUCCCCGGGCGCCGGUGUGAUGAUCAAGGAUAUGGCGGACGAUGAGGCCAUACAGGCCACGAACGACGACGCCAGCGAGUGCAAGCGCUACGCGGUGCAGCUCGGUUACUGGCCCGACCCGUUCAUCAGUCUGUUCGUCAAGCAGACCGCGCGGAAGGCGCCCGAGAUCAAUCGCGGCUACUACGCCAGAGUCAAGGGCAUCGAGCUCUUCGUCGAAAAGUUUCUCAAGUUGUCUGGUGGCAAGGGGCAGAUUAUAAAUUUAGGUGCUGGUUUUGAUACACUUUACUGGAGGCUGAGAGAAACGGGGAAUAUUCCUGCGAACUUCGUGGAGCUUGAUUUUCCCAGCAUUACUGCGAAAAAAUGUUAUCACAUUAAAAAGCACAAACAGUUGAUCGAUAUGCUAAAUACCGAAGAUGGAGAAAUCCGAUUUUCUACGACAGAACUGCACGCCGCGAACUAUCACCUGGUUGGUACGGAUUUGCGACACAUAGCGGAGCUGAAUAACAAAUUGACCCAGGCCGAAGUCAAUUUCAACUUACCCACCAUGUUCCUCGCGGAAUGUGUUCUAGUGUAUGUAGACGCUAGCGCGACCUCGUCGCUGUUAAAGUGGUUGGCGGGUAAGUUCGCGAACAGUCUUUUUGUCAGCUACGAGCAGGUAAAUAUGAAGGACAAAUUUGGACAAGUUAUGCUGUCAAAUCUGCGCAGUCGUGGUUGUUUGCUGGCGGGCGUAGAGGAUUGCGAGUCGUUAGAAACUCAACAGAGACGCUUUACCAUGAACAAUUGGGAAGGCUCGAACGCAUGGACGAUGGUGGAAGUUUAUGAUUCACUGCCCGUAAUGGAUCGUAGUCGAAUCGAGCAUCUAGAGAUGCUAGACGAGCGAGAACUCCUCACCCAGCUGCUGCAGCAUUAUUGCAUUGCCGUCGCUUGGAACGGACAAACAUUCAAAAAUUUAUCUAUAGCACAAGGUUAGGUCAUCACUCUAAACCUUUUUUCUCUAUGUCUCUCUCGCGAGUUACUCCAGGUAGUGCUAUCGUAUAAUAAUUCAUAAACUCGACAAACUUUGGUAAAAUUCUCGUAAAUUAUUUAUUACGUCCCCCCCCCCACCUCCGAUCGAUCGUGUAAGAGAGAUUUAAGCGUUUUUUCGAGUUGCACCAGUGACUAUGUAGAUGUAUCUUCGGUUAGUCGAUAAGUUGAGAGAGGCGAGACAUAAUUUGCAUUGAAAUGUGUUAUUGAUUUUUUUCUUUUUACUUAGUAAAUCUAGUAAGUCCUUUUUUUAUACGCUUCGUCCUUCGUCCUUUGAGUAUGUCCUAUGCAAAUGCAAAUAUUAGUCAUGAGUGUCAUUAAUUUUUUUUUUUUUUAACAAGUGCUGUAACGAGAGAAACGCGCGAUUCCGACAUGCGAGUCGUGCGAGCUAUCGUGUAUAGCUAAAUGCGAAACAGCUGGACAGAUUAGCAUUAUUUUUUCGCGAACAGAAGAUUUUCAAUCGUUUUAAUUUAUUCUCGUUGCACACACAUUUGAAUUGCGUAUCGCGCGUUAUAACGCGAUUCUGUUUGCAAGAGAUUGUCCAGCUUCUUCAUGUAUAAAGGUUGUUACGGAUUACUGUAGAUUGCUAUUGUUAUCGUAUACUUGUGGCCAAACAGCGCGAUAAUUUAAAAAAAAAAAGAAAAAGAAAAAAAAAAGAGCGCGCGGAGUAAUUUAUUGUAUUAACGAGAUAUGUAAUUGUGAAGAUGAAUAAUUCAACUUGUACUUAGUACAUUUUUUUCAUCGCUUUGAAUUUCUUUGCGUUGCAAUUUCACUAUGUUAGUUGUAGCAGAGAUUAAGUUCAAUAUGUAAAACAAAAAUCACACAAAAAUGCGAAAACUGGUUCUUUUUGCCUGCAUUUUCCUACACGCUUUUCGUACAACAACAAAGCGUGUUCUCGAGAGAACGAGAGAAAGCUGAAGAGAGGAGAGCAGUAUAGAAAAUACAGCUGAAAAGACGAGUCUGAGAUGAAACACAUGACCUUUUUGUUUUUUUUUUUUAUCACAAAUAAAAAUAUAUAUUUCUGAACAUUCGUAUGGUAGAAUUCCAAUUGUCUCAAUUGGGCAAAGAUGAUGUAAAAUUAUUCCAAUACACACACGCGCACACACACAUUCACACACACACACACGUACGUGCAACCUGAUCUUUCAACAUGUACAUUAACUACUAGAGAUUACGAGGUAUUGAGUAUCGCGGUUAGACGCGAUUGAAGAUUAUAGUACGAUACAAACGCUAUUUAAAAGCGACCAAUUUUGCGUGUGGCCUGCGUGCCACGUGGAGUGAUCACCUAAGAUAAUAAAAGCAAAAGUAUAUGCAACGAAAAUAUUAUAAGACUUCAUAAAUAUAUCGAAAAAAAAAAAAGAGAUACCUUCGCGAGAAUCGAACAACAUCGCAAGCGUCAGCCUGAAGAAAACAAAUCGGCGAUACAUAUAUAUAUUUUCUUAAUUGAUUUCAUUUAUUCGCUCUCGUGUCGAAUUCACCGUUUUCACUCUCCACACUCGCGAGGUGAAAAAAGUGUUCUUCGAUACACACCCCCUACCGUAAGUCCGAUCGUUUUCUUUUAUAUGAUAUACAUAUAUAUGUAUAUAUACAUACAUAUAUAUACAUAUAUGUAGAAAACGCGUAUAUGCUUAUAUAGCGCACAGUGUUCCGCUUCUUUUCAACACCAAUACAGAGAGUACGUUACACUUAAGCAAGUAAUAGAAAACGAUAGUGAAAGAGCGAACAAAAAGAUUUAUUUUCAUAUUGAGGAAUUAUCAGGGUUCCGCGUGUAUAUUCAAUCUGUAAGGAUAAUAACGAGGGAAAUAUUAGUAGUGACUUAUAUGUGAGACACUUGAAAAAAAAAAAAAAAAUCCAUCGUUUUGUAGAUACGAAGUGUGCAUGUAAAAUGCUCUGUGAAAACAAAAAAAAAAAAAAAAAAACAGAUCUCAAACUUUAACUCAAAGUUUUCCGUCAAAUUUUUUCUCAUCAUCGAUCCUCGAUUGUCUCCGGCUUUGUUUUUCCGAUUACAAAUCUUUUCGAGAGACCGGUUAGACGACGAUAAUUUUAUUUUAGAAUCUAAUGGGAGAACGCGAGUGUUUAUAAAAAUCAGCAUGGAUUCGGUAGUAAAGUGUACACACAAUAUUGUGAACAGUUCUCUCCGAUUUUUUACCUCUUUCGACGUGUAAAAAACAAAUUAACAUACCUGGAGUAACAGACACGUAUAAAGAGAAGAUAAUCAGAUAAUCUAUUUUUCUCAGAGAUUGCGGAAGUUACAAACCAAUUGUUACGAUGUCUAUCAAACCGUUCGUAGAUAAAAUCCCCCAUCCUCACUCAUCCCUCACUCGCCUACGUCUUCUUUGUCCCGACCCGUGUCGCGUUCUUUGCACUUGUAGGAAGUUAAAUCGAGACUUAUUCUUCGCGUUAGUUUUUCUCGUCACAUGCAUAUACGAAAAAAAAAAAA